CGAAUGUUUUUAAUGAUGUCAUUAAUAAUCGGCGUGACGAAAAAGAUUUAAUACAAUAUACACAAAGUGAAAAUUCAAUGCAAAUCGUCCUAGGUGAUCAAGGAAAAAAUAUUCUUAUGAAAUUAGCACAUAUGAAUAUCGAAUAUGGUCGAAAUCAAGUAUUACCAAAAGCAACUGUGGCCGAAUAUUUUGAUGAUCCCGAAGUACCUGAUUGCAGUAUUGAUCGUCCACUUCGAUUAUCUAUUGUUCAAACUUAUGUAGAUAAAGGAACAAUCAUUGUUGGUAAAAUGGAAUCAGGAUUUUGUCAUACUGGUGAUCAAUGUAUAAUUAUGCCUAGCCGAAGACGUGUUGAAAUUGUCAACUUUUAUUUUAAUAAUAAUGAAACAUCUUCUGUUAAUUGCGGAGAAAAUGUUCAACUUAAAUUAAAAAACGUCAAAUUCGAUGUAGUAAUUCAAGAAAAUCCAAGAUUUACAAAACAAGAUCAAGUGGCUAUAGCAAGAUUAGAAGUAUUACAAGCUGGUCAACUUAUUUGUAUAGAACCAUUUAAAUGUUAUCCUCAACUUGGAUGA